AUGUCGUGGAUCGAGUCGCCCUCGCUCACACCACCCGCACACUGGGUCUCCCUCGUCCAGCCCAUCGCCAACUCGCUCACACUCACCGCCCUCCCACCUGUCGCGCACCUCGUCCUCCUCUCCCUCGCCGCGUCCUUUGCAGCACAGCGAAUCAGCGCCGUACUCAGCCCGCGCGUGUUCGGGAGGUACUACCCGACCGAACGCAGGAAGCGCGAUGAUUGGGACCUGCACAUGGUCGGCUGGCUCUACGCCUUCAUUGCCACCCCAAUCGCAAUCCACCUCCUCCGCCACCCAUCCCCCGAACUCGACCUCGACCCGCUCUAUGGCGUCGCGCUCCCCGAACAGCGACUGAGCGCGAUCGCGAUCGGGUACUUCAUCUGGGACGCCCUCGUCACCUUCCGCCACAUCCAAACCCAAGGCCUCGGCUUCUUCCUCCACGGCGCAACCUGCCUCGUGGCCUUCACCUUCACCCUCCGGCCGUUCGUCUUGUGGUGCGGGCCGAGGUUCCUCAUCUGGGAGUUGUCGACUAUCUUCCUCAACGCCCACUGGCUCCUCGACAAACUCCACCUCACCGGCUCCCCCCUCCAAAUGCUCAACGGACUCUGCCUCGUCACAUCCUACAUCGCCGCCCGCCUCGUCUUUGGGACUUACACGUCGUGGACAUUCUGGAAAUUGAUGGUUCCCGGAGACGCGGAGAAGGUGUUGAAGGAGAGGGUGGAGCAGGCGGGGUGGGUGAGGUGGGUGUAUUUGGGACUGAAUUUGUCGGCUAACGGGUUGAAUUUCUAUUGGUUCAGGUUGAUGAUCCUCGCGUUGAAGAAACGCUUCGUACCCCCCGCCUCAAAAUCCGCACAGCGCAAACCGGUCCCGGUCGAUGGGAAGCUCGGCGAGGGACAGGAACGGAGGGUCAAGGGCGAAUAA